AUGGCUCUCCACUUGUCCCAAGUGUCACGACUACGAGGAUGGGGACCAUAUCUUCGGAGCCUGAGGAUCCAGCCCAGGUCCAGCCCUGUGCAGCCGCCCGCCAAGCCGCCAGAGAACGAGCCGGAUGCCCAAGGCUACGAGUGGACGAUUGCAGUUAGUUUCCAACUCGCCGACUUCGCGCCCCUCCACUGGCUCCGGCUUGGCGAGCUCCAUGAGCUCUCCGCGCCCUGUCCACCGGCCCCGGCCCCGGCCCCGACCCCUCCCCCGACCGGACCAGGGAGGUGGGAAGUUUGGGGGCACCCGCUGGGGGUGUCCCAUUUCCGGGUCUGGGCUCCGGGGAGUCGGCGCGGCGCCCGCUCCCUGCCCGCCAGCUCUUUGGGAGCUCAGGCGGGGGCAGCCACUUUUGUUCCCGGGAAGAGUGGAGCUGCGUCCCGGGGAGACACUCGUUGCAGCCGGCAGCGUAGUCGCUCCCCGCUGGCCGGCCGCUCCGGGAGGGACCCGCAGCGGAGGGUCGGGGCUGGGGCGGGCUGGGGAGGGGGCCCAGGGCUGGGGCCGUUUCGGCCUCCCGGGUGGCGCGCGGGCCGAAGAACUAGGAGGACUGCCGGGCCGGGCCGCUUGUCCUUUGGAAAAACCUUGGCGGUUCCUCCUCUGGUGUCCGUGGACCCCGCCGCGGCGUUCUCCGGGGCCGCGGACCUUUGCCCACCGGUUGCGCCCGCUGCCCCGGGGCAGAAAGGAUCCCCCUUCUCCCGGACCGAGCCCCGAGCCCCAUGGAGCAGGCAAGCGCCAGAGUCCCGGGGCCGAGGCCCGAGCAGGGGGCACUCCGGCACCUUUUCCCGCCCCCCGAGGGUGCCCGCCCGGCCCGGGACUGGCUGGGAAACCGAGGCCGGAAGAGGUCGCAGUCCAGCGAGGAAUCGGGUACAGUUCAGUCAUGCUCAGUACCUUCACACUGUGUGCAACCCAUCUCCAGAAGCCUCUUCAUCCUGCGAGAUUGAAACUGGACCCAUUAAACAACAGCUCCCCGUUCCUCCUCCCCCGGCCCCUGGCAACCGCCAUUCUGCUUCCUUCUCCAUGGAUGUGACUAUUCUAGGAACCUCAUGCAAAUAAGCUUAGAACAAAAGCUCUCCGUAACACUCUGAACCACGUGAAGAAAACCCUCACUUACUACAGGAUCACAGAUGAAGACAUGAUCCACAAGAGCCUGCAGUGGGACUUUCCUGCAUUCCUGCAGCAAAUCCUGGCUGGUCAUGGUGGAGACUGUAAAGCAAUCAUUCUCAAGGAGGGGCUUUUUCACGCAGUAUGCCUGGAGAGAGGCUGCACCGCCACCGCAUUCUUUCCCGAUGAGUCCCGUGAGCCACGGCUGUGGGCUACGGUGUUGUGGUGCUCAGGUUCCCGAGCCAUGCCAGCUAGCACCUGACCUACAAGAUUCCAGCUGUUUAACUGCCAUCACAAAGGCUCAUGAUGUGUUGACAGUAUUUCUGCCUACUGCUCUGAAAAUUCAAGGAAAUAAAUACCUGACAUUUACUGAAUGCCAGAAGCUGUUCUAAGAACUUUCUAUGUAUUAUCUAUUUUAGUCAUUAUAACAUCCUUAUGAAGUAGGCACUUUUAUCCCCAUUUUACAGAUGAAUAAAAUAAGGCACAGAGGGGUUAAGCAACUUUCACAGGUAGAAAGCUGCACAGCCGGGAUUUAAGCCCAAGCUCUUAACCACUGCACUAUAUCAAUGCAGCAAAGGCUGAAUGAACCAGAGUAUUUGAUUUACUUAGCUCUUAUGCUGGAAAGAUGGUGAGGUUUUUGUUUAUGGUCUGUAUUCAUACACAAAUAUCAAAAUCGAGGACACCUUUGCAUUGGUGCGCUAUAGAAGUUUUCCUUUUUUGUUGUUUAGAGAGAAGGUCUUACUCUGUUGCCCUGGCUGGAGUGCAGUGGUGUGAUCACAGCUCACUGCAACCUUGACCUCCAGAGCUCAAGCAAUCCUCCACCUCAGCCUCUUGAGUAGCUGGGACUAUAGGUGUGCACCACCACAACCAGCUGAUUUUUAAUUUUCUUUUUUUUUUUUGUAGAGACAAAAUCUCGCUAUAUUGCCCAGGUUGGUCUAGAAUUCCUAGGGCUCAGGUGAUCCUCCCGCCUUGGCCUAUUGGGAUUACAGAUAUGAGCCACGGCACCCAACCUCAGAAGAGGCACUUUUCUUGAGUUCUGGAAGGUGAUAGGAAUUUUUUUUUUUUUUUUUUAACUCGUCACAGAAAAGGUUCAAAGAGUAAGAUAAGCAAUGUCUCAUAAUGCUGUAGUCUAAUGGACAAGGGCCCUAGCCAUCUGUGCCUGGAUGACUCUUCCUCCCAAUUUUUAAGUGUCAAAAGAUAAUUUAGAAUCUGGCAUUCUGCAUUAGAAAUCUGAACCAGUGGGGCUGUGUGCUGAUUUUCAUCAGCUUAAGUUGUGUUUAUUGUCUGUGGCUUCCUUUCCCCACAGCAGCUUUAUGGAGGCACGUGCCCAGGCAUCUGAGGAGCUUCUGUCCUCUGGUGUAUGUACACCCACAAUGCUGCAGAGAAGAGAAUCAGCGUACUGUUGGGACACAGCAGAUACCACUGCCUUCUGAAAUUUCUGGAGGUGCUAUGCCAUGGUUCUUUUUCUGCACAUGAACAUUAACAUCCACAUCAGGAUCUGGAAACCUUUACAGAAGCUAAAGUUUUAAAAAGAAAAUGAAUGGGAUUUUAUUCAAGAUAAGGAAAGUAUAUGAGUGAAUCAUCAAAUGAAACCAUGAGGCCACUUCACAAAUAUUUUAUCAAAAAACUCACCUGAGAAAACUCAAAGAAUCACAGUAAUAAGCUAUCUAUGCCACAUUUUUUUUUCCUUUUUUGAAAAUGCCAAGAAGCUACUACUAAGAAUGUAUUCAAGAGAAGGAAGUUCCAAGAUUCAUCACAGGGUCAGGUGGGCUCAAAUGUUUCCUGGGCCCUCUGUAACACUUCAUGUUCAGAAUUGUCUCCAAAGAAAAGCAAUUUAAGGGAACAUUCAAUAUGGGUGUCUUUGCUGUGCUUGCAGUCUUCAUUCAUGGACAUUGAUAUUCUAUCAAUGGAAAAUUGAGCCUUUAGUGAACCUGAAUACCCUGUUCCCCAAUCACUGCCCAGAGAGCCGUUUCUGAGCAGCCAACAUGUCAGAAGACAGGAAAACAGCAGCUAAAAGGCAAAGGAGAAAAAUGGAAGACACGUGCCUUUACACGUGUAUUUUAAGCUAAAUAACCAUGAUAAAAUAUCACCAAAACCCAUUUUUUGUAUCUUUUUAACUGUCCCACGUCAAAGAUAAGUAUGGACAACUUUAAUUGCUUCUUAUAUAUUCCUAAAUUCCUAAUUGAAAUCAAUUCCAAUAAAUCGUUGGUGCUCAACAGAGAAAUGCAAAAUUUAAAUGUACAUAUUCAGUAGAAAUUACUUUCAUAACUUUUGGGGCAUUAUCAAAAUAUAAUUGGAAACCCCUCUUUGUAACCAACUAAAUUAACCAAAUGAUCUUUUCUUAAAGGCACAAAUUAAAAGGUGGCAAAACAACCACAUAUUUAGUGUGUGGGAUCACAUUCUCCCAAAGGGCAUCAGGAAAUUCAGGUAGAAGUCGAUGUUGUAGCCUAGGUUAGAGGGCCCUUGCUUGCUGGGAGUUAACUCUGGUUAUUGGAUUGUGGAGCGGUGUGGCAGGGAAGGCGGUCGGGGAAACAUGGGCACUCCAGAAACUCAGAGCAGCAGCUCAUCAGCUGUGAGGCACUGUCAGCAUCCUCGCGUCCUGUGCGGCUGUGAGGCACUGUCAGCGUCCUCGCGUCCUGUGCGGCUGUGAGGAACUGUCAGCAUCCUCGCGUCCUGUGCGGCUGUGAGGCACUGUCAGCAUCCUCGCGUCCUGUGCGGCUGUGAGGAACUGUCAGCAUCCUCGCGUCCUGUGCGGCUGUGAGGCACUGUCAGCAUCCUCGCGUCCUGUGCGGCUGUGAGGCACUGUCAGCAUCCUCGCAUCCUGUGUGGCUGUGAGGAACUGUCAGCAUCCUCGCGUCCUGUGCAGCUGGGCCAGGACAAACUGGCUGAACUGCAGCUCUGCUUGCAGCUUGCUAGAAAUACAACUUGGUAACAACAGGAGAUUGUGGACACACUAUUAUUCGUUAGUUUAUUACAAAACUACAGAUACAAUAUACAAAAUUCUAAUUCCGAAAUCCUUCUACAUUUUUUUUUUCUGAGACUAAAUGCCCUCAAAGCCCCUGUCUGCUUGGCCCAUAUUACAACCUGACUCCUCGGCUCCUGGAUGCACAGGUCAGAUGUUCCAACAACCCUGACCAUGGCCAGUGCUACGGAGCCACUCCAAAGGUGGUUGAG